AUGAAGCUCUAUAGCUCACUCGCUUUCAUCCCUCUGUUCCAACUGGGUUUCGCACUCCUCGAUGUCGACGCUAUUGUGGAUAAGCACUACGGCAACGACGCAGCAUGGUACCGUGACCGCAUUCCUCUUUUCGAGUCGAGCGACCAGGACAUCACUGAUGUAUACUACUACCGCUGGUCCAUCUUCCGUGCUCACCAACGCGAUCUCGGUGCCUACGGCUACAUUUCCACUGAAUUCCUCGACGACGUCGGCUGGCAGACUAAACCCUUUGCAAGUCUAAACGAUGCAACAGGCUUCCAUCUGCUGGAAGGACGAUGGUGUCGCGACCGCCGCUUCAAAGAAGACUACGCGACCUUCAUGUACAGCGCCGACAGCAACAGUCGCCAAUUCUCCGAGAGCAUGGCCGCAGCAGUCUGGGCAGGCUACCUCGUCGACGGCGUAAAGGAAGACGCCAUCAAGCGCCUUUCCGAUAUGACGCGCGUAUACGACGCCUGGGACGAUUCCUUCGACACGUCAAAGGGGCUCUACUACGUCGAACCCAUCCGCGACGCAACCGAAUACACAAUCUCAUCCAUCGACUCAUCAGGCGGCUACGACGGUUUCUUCGGCGGCGACUCCUUUCGGCCCAGCAUAAACAGCUACCAAUAUGCCAACGCGCUUGCUAUCGCCAACAUGGCAUCCCUAGCCGGGUCUAUGAACAGCACCGUUGAUACAUACAACAGCCGCGCCGAAGCUUUGAAAAACCGCGUCCAGGAAGCUCUCUGGAACAGCACCUUCUCCCACUUCAUCGACCGCUACCAAGUCGACAACGAAAACGUAACCUACUGGGACCCCAUCCGCGGCCGCGAACUCGUCGGCAUGGUCCCCUGGACCCACGAUCUACCCGACGAUAACGCAGACUACGCGCAAGCCUGGGCUCACAUCCUCGACGCCGAUAAACUACGCGGAGAAGCCGGCCUAAGGACUGUAGAACCCAGUUACGAGUACUACAUGCGGCAGUACCGGUACGAAGGGCCCAACCCAGAAUGCCAAUGGAACGGCCCAGUGUGGCCGUUUCAAAUGACACAAGUCCUGUCCGGUCUCGCCAACUUCCUCGAUCACUACGAAAAGGGCAAGGAAACGGGUAUCAUCAACAGCGAUGACUACACAAACCUCCUCCGUCAAUACGCACAGCUCCACCGAAACCCCUCUACGAACAUCUUAGAUCUAGAAGAAGACUACUACCCCGACACCGGCCUGCCCAUCGUAGGACUCAAGCGGUCACAUCACUACUUCCACUCUGGUUUCAACGACCUCGUCCUCUCCGGUCUCGUUGGCAUACGACCUCGCUCCGACGACGUACUAGAAGUAGCCCCCUUGGCAUCAGCCGCCCAAUUGACGUAUUUCCGCGCCGAACGCAUCAUGUACCACGGCCGCGAAAUCGCCGUGCAAUGGGAUAAAGACGGUAGUCACUACGGCGGCAAUAGCACGGGUCUAACCGUCGAAGUCGACGGGAAGGUCGUUGCGUCAAGUCCCAGUCUCAGCCGUGUUACCGUUGAGUUGGAGAGGAAGGACCCACCGGCUAUCACCAGGAAAAUCGCUCAGUCUAUCCAACUCAACUCUACAACACCUUACCCCCGCGCGUCAGCCUCCGUCGGUAACUCCAGCCAGUCAGCCACCUACCCCGCGAUCGACGGCCGGAUCUGGUUCUACACCGAGCCAGAUGCUAAAAACGGCUGGGAUUCCCCCCUUGGCAACGGAACGUCCAUCUGGUUCCAGAUCGACUUUGGCAAAUCCGUUACUACGAGUAGUGCUGAGCUGGCGUUCUUUGCGAAUGAGGAACAAGGGUUUGCGGAGCCGGAGAGCUAUAAGAUUCAGGUGCCUGGUGGUGGAAAUGGUACGGAGUGGACGGAUGCGGAGGAUGCGGUGUAUGGGGAUGUUGUUGCGAAUGGGAUUACGGAGGCGGAGUGGAAGGAGGUUGAGGGACAGAGGGUUAGGGUUGUUUUCACGCCUAAGACGGGGAUGAAGGUUAGGAUUGCGGAGUUCAAGGUAUACUAG